GUCGUUUCUUUGCUGUGUCUUACCCUUUGUUGACUUUUGUUAAAGGAACAGAGCGGGGGGUGCUGCUGCUUCGUCAACAACUACAACUCCCAUAGUUCCUUGCGCGUUUUCCAGAAGCUUGUGGAUUCUUCCGGUGCGUGUUUUUUUUUUUUUUUUUUGCUAUCCUCGAUUCAGCUCACGGCGAGUUUACUGCGCGUUGAGGGGGGAACCCAACCUUGGACGCUGCUCGCAAGUGUGCUCACCUUAUUCGGUUCGUAAGGUUGGACGUGUUUCGUCUUUUAUUCGAUUGUGUUGAUGUGGCGUCGAACGGGGCGGACGCGAGCUCGCCAAAGGCAAACAAAACAACGUUGAGAACGUGAUGAAAGGGGGUUGGGCGCCGGGUUGCAUCUGGUCGUCCCACCGCGGUCUUAUUUUUAGCCACCCCCAAGUUGCUGUUUAUCCGCACGAUAAUGCUGUCAUUGUGGGUUAUUCUUGUCGUGACGAUCGCGGCACAUGAGAUGAGUGGUGUUGUUUUAAUGCGCAGCUGAGGGGAAUCACAGUUGGCUCAUUGAUCACUUUUUUUUUAACUAACAUUAAAGUUACAUUAGUUACAUUUAUUAAGUUCUCCAUAGUGAAGCGGGGGGUGGGGAAGUUUUUCCCCGAUCAAAAAUGUCUUCAGUUAUCUUUCCACGUUUCAUUUCCAAUGUUUUUUUAUUAAAUGCUAAUUUCGCCGACCGGAUCAUCAUGCAUCACAUGGCGCCCCCAAGCAGCCAACUGGGUUUCCCACCAAGCAUGUACACCUUCUCGGGCCCCACGAGCCUGCCCGAGUUCGAUCUCGGACCUCCGAGUGCAACUGGGCAUCUACCAAGUGGUACGCUGUCAAACAACAGUUGGGAGACACGAUGCCUCAGGAAGCACAGGAGGAGAGUUGAUGAUGAAGGAUGUCUUGCCAAAAGGAGGAGAUUAACAGCAGAGGCUGAAUUGGACAUUCCACGCACCGCCACCAGGAGUCUCGACUGGCCCCCUCCAAACAACAGUCCUCCCUCGUGCACCCGACACGUCAGCCAUGCUCCUCCACAGCCGUGCCCCCCACCUCGCAAUCGGGGUCCGCUGCAUUCGUCCUCUCUAUCCCGACCUGAGACCGAGAGCUCCUGCAUGGAGAUCGAGGCGGCUCAGAGGAGGCUGCGGGAGAUCGAGAACAGAAUAACGCUGGAGGACGACGAUGAGGAUCUCGAUGUGGAGCCAGCCCCAAGAAGGCCGGUGCUGGUCAUCUCAGACAGUUUGAAGGAAGGCCUGCAGAGGGGCAUCAGCGACAUUCUCCCCCACACAGUAGCCCAGUCUGUGAGCCAUUCCUGCAUGGAGCUGGUGUUGUGGCGGCCGCCCGAAGACCCGCUCUGUCGCCGGCUCAAAGGCUCCCUACAGAAACAGAGGAAACAACAGACUGUUUUGCGACAGCCCCCCACCCCGUGUCCUUCGCCCACGCCGCACAGCGCACCCCCCGACGCAGGCUGUCCUCUGCGGAACUUCCCAGUCGCAGAAAGCUGCGGGGAGGAGGACAUGGAAAUGUAAGAGAAGGCGUGGCACGGCCCGGGUGCGUCCAGGUACCCCACGCUUCAGGCUAAUUAGGUCACCCGGAAAAUGUU